UGUUUUACGCUAUGGUUUUACGUCGUCUCGCGCAGAAAGGAGGAAAAGAAACAUUGAGAUAAAAAGAAACAGAAGUCGGCGUUGGUAAAAGUUAUAAUAACUAUGGCUCUGGGAGACUGCUGGAAGAGUUUAUCGUGGUUUUACUACCAGUAUAUUCUGGUGACGGCGCUGUACAUGCUGGAGCCCUGGGAGAGGACGGUGUUUAACUCUCUGUUGAUCUCAGUUGCCGGCAUGGCUGUUUACACCGGCUACGUCUUCAUGCCGCAGCACAUCAUGGCCAUCCUGCACUACUUCGAGGUCGUCCAGUGACACGAGGACCAGCUCUUUCCCUCCAAAGGUCCCGUCUGACUUCCUUGUCUGCGUUCUCCAGGGCUCGAAGUGUGGAUCGUUUCCAACCAUCGAGGCAGAACCUCCCUCCUCCUUCUCCUUUUGUCCAAUUCCCUCGCAAAGGUCAAAGCUCUGAACAUCGUGUUUGAGGUCACGUUGGACAAUCUUUUUCCCUGGGACUGUUUCAUCCAAAGUGAACAGCGUUGGGCUCGAAGGCAAAGGCCUAAGAAGAGGGUUUGCCCGGUUUCCUUCACUUGUUUUUAUUUUUAAAUCAAGCUCACUUUACUGUUUUUACAAAAUGUUUGAUUACAUGAUUGUUUAAAAACUGAUUAGACCAUUUCUUUUAUUCCUUUAAGACGUGAAAACCAAUGUUGUCUUAGAGUUUUAUGCAAAGAGGCUGACGUCCUUGAUACUCCUUUAUGAGCCAAAUAAGAUUAUUUCAUCAGGAGCUUUGGGUGAGUAAGUCAGAGCAACUUCAGCCAUCUGUUAUCCUUAUUCUCCGCUUCAGAGAGAGGGGCAGGUUGUGUAAAUAACGUGUAAUCUGGGAGGGGUUGAGAUAUGAGAUCUGUCUUAUAUUUAUUGUAAAUAAAUGUGAUUAGUUUAUUGUUUUACUCUGGAAAUAAAACUCCAAUCAGAAUCUACCUUU